AUGCUCACGCCAGCAGACUUCCGCGCGCUGCUUCGCCGUCGCGGCACCCUGAUCAUAGACGGCGCCCUUGCCACCGAGCUAGAAGCGCGCGGUCACGACCUCAACCAUCCACUCUGGUCUGGCAAGCUCCUACGAGACGACCCUGACAGCAUUGAGCAGAUCCAUCAUGACUACUAUCUGGCAGGCGCAGACAUUGCGAUUACUGCGUCCUACCAAGCCAGCACCCAGGGGCUCAGCGACCAUUUUGGCUUAAAGGAGGACGAAAGCAUCGAGCUCAUCAAGCGGAGUGUGCGACUUGCGCAACGCGCAAGAUGUCAGGCGUACCGUACUGGAAGCAUUGCGGAGGAUCGCAAGUUGCUGAUAGCCGGCAGUGUUGGACCGUAUGGCGCCUACCUGGCUAACGGCUCAGAGUACCGUGGCGACUACCAGCGAUCAGUAGAGGAGUUCCAAAUUUUCCACCGACCGCGAAUACGAGCACUGAUUGAUGCUGGCGUGGAUCUGCUUGCCUUGGAAACCAUGCCCUCAUCUCCGGAGAUUGAAGCUUUGGUAUCUCUACUAAACAUUGAAUUCGCGGACGCAACUGCUUGGGUUAGCUGCACACUUAGCAAUGCUAAGCAUCUCAGUGAUGGGUCCCCUACUGAGGCGGUGCUAAAGCUUGCCUUUGAGUCUGAACAGGUGGUGGCGUUCGGCUUCAAUUGCUACUCCUCGCCAGACGACGCCCUUACCCGUUCCAUCUCGAGGCAGGGUCCCCCGGUUGUGCUACUAUGUUACGCAAACUCAGGCGAGUCAUGGGACGCUGAGCAGAAGACAUGGCGAGGCGGAGACGCUUCGGUAAAGCAAGGAUUGUCCGAAGAGGUUUGUAUGUGGAAGGCUCACGGUGUAAGACUCAUGGGCGGAUGCUGCAGAACGACUCCCAGAGAUAUCACGGUCAUCACGCAAGCAAUCAAGGGCGGCUGA